AUGGCUGGCCAGACGCUCCCAGAAGUGGAUCACUUCGUCCCCGUCGAGUCUUCUAAAGAAGCCAUUGAUUUUGUUGAUCUCAAAGUUCUCGACUUUUCCAAGUAUGAUAUCGGCCCAGAGGAGCGCAAGCAGCUGGCGGAACAAGUCCGGCAGGCGAUGACUACCCAAGGGUUUUUCACAAUCAUCAACCACGGAAUCAGUCAGAGUGAAAUUGAGCGUCAGGUGGACAUUGGUCAUACCAUUUUUAAACGCACCACGGCAGAAGAGAAGGAAUUGGCUAGAGCCCCCAUUGUUGAAAAGGGCUCAUACUUUGGAUUCAAGCCUCGCGGUCACUGGCGUUUGAUAGAAGGCAAGAAAGACAAUAUCGAGAAUUUUAACGUCUCCCGUGAUAUGGAGCAGACUCCCCAGCCUACUCCCAUGAAACCCUUUAUUCCAGAAAUACAGAAGUUUGUGGAUUUCACACACAAGGAUAUUUUGUUCAAAAUAUAUCGUCUUUUCGCCAUUGCUCUCGAGAUUGAUGAGGAGGACUUCUUCGUUAAGCUCCAUGAUUAUAACAAGCACGAUGAGUCGUGGCUCAGGUACAUGGAGUACUAUGACGAGAAAGAUCCAAAAGAUUCCAAUGGCGAGAAAGCUCUGUGGCUGGGGGGUCACCAAGACCUCUCAGCCUUGUCAUUGCUCUUUAGUCAGCCGAUGUCCUCGCUACAGGUUCGCGAUUACGACGACGAUUCCAAAUGGAAGUAUGUCGCGCACACUCCCGGAGCUAUCAUCGUCAACGCCGGGGAGAUUGUCAAAUGGUGGACGGGAGAUUACUUCAAAGCCGCAAUACAUAGGGUUGUACAGCCACCACAGGACCAAAGAGGGCAUGACCGGAGCAGUGUCUUUUACUUUGCAGUACCCAAUGAUGAUGUAGUGAUCAAUACCCUACUCGAGGAGAGCCCGGUAUUGAGGGCUGCUGGUGUUGAAAGAGCUCAUAAACCGGAGAAUGCACCCACAAGCAAAGAAUGGGUGAACGCACGAGUUCAAAUGACUGGCCAAAAAGCCGCCUUUGGUGAUGAAGGAGGGAACAAAGAGAACAGUGUCGUUGAGAAGGUUGGAAAGGUCACGACUACCUGGUUCCGUUGA